CUCUCUAUCUAUCUAACUAACUUUUUCUCUCUUUCUAUUUUUCUGUUCCUUUUCUAUCUCUUUCUCUCCUAUUUGACUGUCGUCCUAUGUAAUUUGACAGAACAAUUUAGCGAGGAUUUAACAAACAUCCAAGGAUCUUACGUUGGGUUACGUUAUUAUUUACCUUCACGUAAACGUUCAAACGAAUUAGAAGAAGAAGAAGAAGAAGAAUAAGAAGAAAAAUCUCUCUUUGGUGUUAUUACCUGUCUACUAUAAACGUAAAAACAUCAUCGUUUCAAAGGACAUCAAAAUAUAGAAAGAAAAAUUUAUAUUUUUAUAUUCCAUUUGAAGAGAGGGGAAAGAUUCAAGAAUCAUCGUGAUUUAAAUUAAAAAAAAAAAAAAAACAAACAACAACAACAAGAAAAGAAAAGAAAAGAAAUGUCUGUGGAUCCUGAGCUCAGUAACAUUCUUAGCAGGAGGCAACGGAUCAACGAGGAUCUCGAUGAGGGUAAAGAAGUGAAGAAACAAUACAGAUUUGUUAACGUAUAUACCGAAUUCCAUGAACUAUCUCGCAGGGAGAUCAAACGAUACGAACAAACCUUCAACAGAUUUGACGACGGACACGAUGGUUAUCUCGAUUUAAAUGAAUUGAAACGCAUGAUGGAAGUUUUAGGAGCACCUCAAACUCAUCUCGGUUUAAAGGCAAUGAUACACGAGGUUGACGAAGAUGGUGAUGGACGUAUAUCCUUUCGCGAGUUUCUCCUAAUCUAUCGUAAAGCACAUGCUGGUGAAUUGGAACAGGAUUCUGGAUUAGGACAAUUGGCUCGUCUGACCGAGGUUGACGUGGAUGAGGUCGGUGUAUCUGGUGCCAAAAACUUUUUCGAAGCUAAGAUUGAACAGCUUCGUAAAUCAAGUAAAUUUGAAGACGAAAUUCGUAUGGAACAAGAGGAAAGAAAACGUGAAGAAGCCGAAAGGGCAGAAAGACGCGCACAGUUUAGGGAAAAAGCUGCGAUAUUUAGUAAUAAUUAAGAAAAAAAAAAAAAAAAGAGAA